AUGAGUUUAAACAAAAUUAAAUACGAUGAGCUGGAGGAACUGAGGAGGAAAAAUGAAGUCCUGAUGAACUUGCUAAAUAAGUUAAUCGCUUUCGAUAAGAAAAGGAUAUUUCUCUAUCCCGUCAAUGUGCAGUUUGUUCCUGAUUAUUUGAACAUAAUAAAAGAGCCAAUGGACUUUACCACCAUGAAACAGAAAAUCCAAAAUUAUAAAUAUAGGGAUUUUCAAGAAUUUGAAAAGGACGCCUUCUUAAUUAUCAAUAACUGUUACACAUACAACGACAAAAGUACCAUCUACCACAGGAUGGCAGAAAAUCUAGAAACUUACUAUAAAAAAAUUACUCCGAAAAUAUAUAGGAAGUACCUAAAUAUACAUCUCCUAUAUCACAGUGAGGAUAAGGAUGUGUUAAAUAAUACCCUUUAUGAUCCGAACGUAAAUGAAGGCAAAAAAACACCUGUUAAGGAAAUUAAAAAAAAUCUCAGACCGAAAAAACAAGGAAAGGUAGGAAGACCAAGCAAAGUAAGCUUAAGCUUUAAAAACGAACACGCCGAUAUGAACCAACUCGCAAAUGUUAAUAAAAAAAAAAAAAAAAGUAACAAUAAAAAUUUACUAAAAACAAAAAUGCAAAUGCAAGAUAAAAACAAUUUUUAUGACAACUCGUAUGGAUCAUUUAAUGGGAUUGCCCAAAAUGACAUGUAUGGAUAUAAUAACAAAGCGUAUGCAAGUUUGGAGAAUAUGCUGGAGAAGGAAAACUUCUCAACAAUCUUAGAUACCAUUCAAAACAGUAAUGAUAAAUCGAAGGAUAUUUUUGGCAUGUUAAUAAAAGUACUUUCAGAUAACAAGAACAGGUACUCUCCUCUAUGUAAUUAUGUAAAUAUGAGCAAAACCUUACGCAAAGUAUUUUUUGGAGUUCCCAUUUCUUCAAAAAAAAAAAAAAAUAAAUAUCCCUCAGUAGACAGUAGUGAAAAUUACACUCAGCUAUCUCCAAACAGCAGAAAAAGAAACAUAAGCGACAAAGUGGGCGUAAGCGAUGAAAACGAAAGUGGAAAUGUAAUGACUAAAAAGAGCAAACACUCAAAUGAAGAGGAACAGGAUAAUUACAUGGGACCCACUUCGCAUAGCACUGCUCAAAACGAGACCGAUGCUAAGACUGAUACAAGCGUUGACAGACAAGUCAGCUGUGGGGACUGCGAGUCGCCCACCAGUCAGCCCGAUAGUAACGAGAAUAACAACGCAGGCAAAUUAAAAAAUGAUAAUGUAAAAACGGGUGAAUGCCAGAAUAAAUUCCCCGCGGACACAGUAAAUAAUCAUUCUGCAGAGGAAGUAAAACCCCCAGAUAAGGAAAACGAACCAGAAAAAGAUUUCGUAACAUACAACAUUGAAAAAAAAGAAUUAACCAUGAAACUUCUAAACUAUAAGGAAAGCGUAAAAAAAUUUAUCGGAGAAUCAAAUCUUCCUACAUUCAUUAAUAUAUUCCCAAAUAUUUACAAUAUUCUAGAUAAUGCAGAUUCAAAAAAUUUAUACUAUGCUGCCUUCAAUGAUUUGAGAGUUUUCGGCUUAGAUGUAGCAGAUUUUGGCGAAUUUAACAAAAAAAUUGCCUACAAUAAAAAUUACCUCAUGGGAGUUGGUAGAUAUCAUAUAAAAAAUGUCUUAACAUUGGAUAAAAAUCUGUCAAACAUAAUGCUUAACGGAGGGAACAAAUCUCACUUCUGUGAACAGAUAAAAUCGUACUUAUCGAAUGAGAAGAAUAAGAUGCAGAAAACCAGUGUCUCACAACAGUACAUUGAAGGUGAGAAAACCAAACACUCAGCUACAAAUACAAAGGAGUGCGUUCGAACAAGUGAAAAUCAAGCAGAAGACACUUCAUACUUCGAUAUUGGAAGUCGGGGCGAAAAUUCCGUUAUGCAAAACGUUCAACAUGAUAGCAGUUCUCAAUUGCACAGUAAUAAUAAUGGCCAUUCCGACCCAACGGAAAAUAAAACACUCACAGGUAGUAGUACCUCUGACAAGGGGGGAAAUACGAGUACCCCCCUUGAUAACUCUCAUUUAAUGUACAGUGAUACACAUUUCAAGGACAAUUCAAAUUAUAGCAAUGACCAAUUUUCGAGCGAAUCAUCUGACAUUGACAAUUUGGACAUGAGGAACUUUUUAGAUACGUAUAAUUCAUAUAACAAGAAAUUUGUAAGGAGGCAACAAAUUUACAGAAUUUUGAAAAAUAGAAUUAAAAAGUUGUUUAGAAAAAAUGCUACGCAGAAGACUAUGUCGUAA